AAUGAUACUAGAUGAUAGAUGUCGUCGACUAAACUGCCACUAAAAAAAUGAAAUUAAGAAUGACUCACUGUAGCAUAUGAAAUACGUAGGGAAGGUACCCAAUAAGGUAGAGACACGCGACGUCGUCCACAUGCAUGCGAAGAACAAAGAAAGCCCCUUAGCUUGACCAAACUCCCACUACACAAAGAAAAAUCAAGAAUUCAUGCGUGUAGCAUGAGACAAGACUGAAUCAAUGAAUACAUUAUUGCCACCACAGAUCUCGUAAUUAAUUAAUACCAAUAUACUACUACUACUACUUUCUUGACGAUGGUCGAUGGAUCACUAGCCUAUAUAAUUAAGUACAUCUCCCAUUAACAUACAUAUCAUCGAUCCAAUGAAGCUUCUUCUACCAUUAAUGCUCUUCUAUGCCUUUGCAUUAAUGGUCAUCACUGCAGGUAAUCAGGAGGCAGGUGCUCUCUUAAGGUGGAAAGCCAGCCUUGACAACCAAAGCCAGCUCUUUUCAUGGACAAGUAACAGUACUAGUCCAUGUAAUUGGCUGGGAAUUCAAUGUGAGUCGUCCAAAUCUAUCUCCAUGCUGAAUCUUACAAGUGUUGGACUCAAAGGUACACUUCAAAGCCUCAACUUGUCAUCAUUUCCAAAACUCUACAGCAUAGAUCUAAGCAUCAACUCCUUGUAUGGAGUUAUUCCUCGCCAACUUGGGUUGAUGUCCAACCUGGAAACUCUUGAUUUGUCAGCUAACUACCUCUCUGGUAUCAUUCCUUCCAGCAUUGGCAACCUUUCCAAACUCUCGUAUCUUUAUCUCGGUCAAAAUGAUCUCUCUGGACCAAUUCCUUCCAGCAUUGGAAAUUUGACAGAGUUCAAGGAAUUAGAUUUAUUCUCAAAUAAGCUCACCGGUGCUAUUCCGUCUUCCAUAGGUAACUUGGUCAAUUUGGAUUCUAUUGCCCUUAGUGAAAAUCAACUCUCUGGGUCAAUUCCUCCCACCAUCGGAAACUUGACAAAGGUUAAGUUAUUAUACUUAUACACAAAUCAGCUCAGUGGUCCAAUUCCACCUGCCAUAGGUAACUUGGUCAAUUUGGAUUCAAUUGACCUUAGUGAAAAUCAACUCUCUGGGUCAAUUCCUCCCACCAUCGGAAACUUGACAAAGGUUAAGUUAUUAUACUUAUACACAAAUCAGCUCAGUGGUCCAAUUCCACCUGCCAUAGGUAACUUGGUCAAUUUGGAUUCAAUUGACCUUAGUGAAAAUAAACUAUCUGGGACAAUCCCUUCCACCAUCGGAAACUGGACAAAAGUCAAGUUAUUAUAUUUAUUCAUGAAUCAACUCACUUGUCUAAUUCCACCUUCCAUAGGAAACUUGGUCAAUUUGGAAGAUCUCGGGCUUAGUGUAAAUAAACUCUCUGGACCAAUUCCUUCCACCAUCAAAAACUGGACAAUGCUAAGAGGAUUACACUUAUACUCAAAUGAACUCACCGGUCCAAUUCUACCUUCCAUAGGUAACUUGGUCAAUUUGGAAGAGGUCGAGCUUGGUGAAAAUAAACUAUAUGGGUCAGUUCCUUCCACCAUCGGAAAUUUAAUAAAGCUCAAGAUAUUAGCUUUAUACUCAAAUGCACUUAGUGGAAACCUUCCAAUAGAGAUGAACAUGCUUACCAAUUUGGAAAGUUUGCAGUUAGGUGACAAUAAUUUCACAGGCCAUUUACCUCACAACAUUUGUGUCGGUGGUAAGUUGGAAAACUUCAGUGCUAGCAAUAACCAGUUCUCGGGCCCUGUUCCAAGGAGCCUGAAGAAUUGCUCGAGCCUUAUAAGAGUUAGGCUUGAACAAAACCAGCUAAUUGGGAACAUAACAGAUGCUUUUGGUGUAUAUCCAAGUUUGAACUACUUUGAAUUGAGUGAAAACAAUUUAUAUGGCCACCUUUCACCAAACUGGGGAAAGUGUAAUAACCUCACAGUCCUUAAAGUCUCCCACAAUAAUUUAUCAGGUAGUGUACCACCAGAGCUGGGUGAGGCAACCAAUUUACAAGUUCUUAACUUGUCCUCGAACCAUUUGUCAGGAAAAAUUCCAAAAGACCUAGGCAACUUGAAGUUGUUGAUCAAACUCUCGAUAAGUGAUAAUCAUCUUUCAGGAAAUAUUCCCAUUCAACUGACAUCGUUGCAGGAACUAGAUACCUUGGAUGUUGCAGCAAAUAAUUUAGGUGACUUCAUGCCAGCACAACUUGGAAGGCUGCCAAAGCUAUCGUAUUUGAAUUUGAGUCAAAAUAAGUUUGAGGGAAGUAUACCUGUUGAGUUUGGCCAAAUAAAGGUUCUUCAAAGUCUUGAUCUUAGUGGGAAUUUUGUGGGCGGUGUCAUACCACCUGUGCUUUCACAACUGAAAUUGUUAGAAACAUUGAAUCUCUCUCAUAAUAAUCUUUCGGGAGUAAUUCCCUCAAGCUUUGGCGAGAUGUUUAGUUUGACAACUAUUGAUAUAUCAUAUAACCAAUUAGAAGGCCUAGUUCCAAGCAUUCCAACCUUCCAAAAAGCUCCGUAUGAUGCAUUCAGAAAUAACAAAGGCUUGUGUGGUAACACAUCUACCUUGGAGCCUUGCUCAACAUCAAGUGGCAAAUCUCAUAACAAAAUCUUGUUGGUAGUUUUACCCAUUACUUUGGGCACUGUAAUACUAGCACUUUUUGUUUAUGGCGUCUCAUAUUAUCUCUACUACACUUCAAGUGCCAAAACGAACGAUUCUGCAGAAUUACAAGCUCAAAAUCUAUUUGCUAUAUGGAGUUUUGAUGGAAUAAUGGUGUAUGAGAACAUUAUUGAAGCCACAGAAGAUUUUGACAGCAAACAUCUCAUUGGGGAAGGAGUACAUGGAUGUGUUUACAAAGCAGAAUUGUCCAAUGGUCUAGUUGUGGCUGUGAAGAAACUUCAUUCUUUACCAUAUGGUGAAAUGUCUAAUCUAAAAGCUUUUUCAAGUGAGAUCCAAGCUUUGACGGAUAUCCGACAUCGUAACAUUGUGAAGUUAUAUGGCUUUUGUUCACAUUCACUACACUCAUUUUUAGUUUAUGAGUUCUUGGAGAAGGGUAGUGUUGACAAGAUUCUAAGAGAUGAUUAUCAAGCAACUGCAUUUGAUUGGAAUAUGAGGAUGAAUGUCAUUAAGGAUGUAGCUAAUGCUUUACGCUAUAUGCAUCAUGAUUGCUCACCUCCAAUUGUUCAUCGCGACAUAUCCAGCAAGAAUAUUCUUUUGGAUUUAGAAUAUGUGGCUCAUGUCUCAGACUUCGGAACAGCUAAGCUUCUUAAUCCUAAUUCAGCAAAUUGGACCUCAUUUGCAGGCACAUUUGGAUAUGCUGCUCCAGAACUAGCUUACACGAUGGAAGUAAAUCCGAAAUGUGAUGUGUACAGUUUUGGAGUAUUAGCAUUGGAAAUACUUUUUGGAAAGCAUCCCGGUGAUUUUAUAUCCUCACUCAACGUUGCAGGCUCAACACUUGAAGUCAUAUCUUUUAUAGAUAAGUUGGACGUACGUCCCCCUCAUCCUAUACAUUGUGUUUUUAAGGAGGUGGUAUCAAUGGCAAGGAUAGUUAUUGCUUGCUUCACUGAAAGCCCACGUUCUCGCCCUACCAUGGAGCAAGUUUGCAAGGAGCUUGCAAUGUCAAACUCUUCUAUAAUGGGUUAGUUUUGUGGACAAUUAUAAGACAAAAGAUUAGGCUUGCAGAAUAUUCUUCCUGCUUGUUAUGCAUUUGUAAACCUUUUGUUCAUUAGUUUUGUAUUACAAGUCAUUUUGUUGUUUUUGAAGGUUAGUUAACGUGUCAAAUUUGUAAGACGGUGAUGGUGAAUAUAUAAAAAAUGCUUUUCAAUUAGA